CCGGAUACGCAUCGAUGUGGGCGGAGGGCAUGCAUGCCCGCCCUUCCAGAAGAGAAGGGAAGGGAAGGGAAGGGAAGAGGGGGACGCGGUUUAUGCUGCUGCAGCGUGGGCUGGCGGCGCAGAGGAUCCAGAUCUUGAAUUCGAAAGCAGUGGGAAAGCAAGCCGUUUCCGCGUUGAAACAGAUUGAUGAUUUCCUCUUCCUCUCUCUCUCUAUCUCGACCCCUCUUGACUUUCCAUUCCUCUCUCUCUCUCUCUCUCUCGUCUUCCCCACUUUGCUCCGCUUUCCCGUCCACCGCCACCGCCGCCACCACCGGCCAGGCCAGGCCAUGGAUCCCUUCCACCACCUCAACACCGCCUUCUCCAACCCCUACCACCCGCUCCUCCCCUCCUCCCCUCCCCACCACCACUACCCUCCGCCGCCCCCGCUCCAGCCUCCGCCCGCCGCCGACCCGCCCGAGCGGGAGCGCCUGCCGCAGUGGUCGCACGCCGAGACGGCCGCCUUCCUCGCCAUCCGCGCCGACCUCGACCACUCCUUCCUCUCCACCAAGCGCAACAAGGCGCUCUGGGAGGCCGUCUCCGCGCGCCUCACCGCGCACGGCGGCGGCUUCGCGCGCACCCCCGACCAGUGCAAGUCCAAGUGGAAGAACCUCGUCACCAGGUUCAAGGGCACCGCCAGCGACACACACGCGGAGGGCGGAGACCCUCACGUAGGCGCUGCGGCGAGGGGCGGCUUCCCGUUCCACGACGAGAUGAGGAGGAUCUUCGACGCCAGGGUCGAGAGGGCGCGCGCAUUGGAGGCCAAGAAGGCCAAGGGCAAGGACGCCGCCGCGCGGCGCGAUCCGGACGACGACGGCGGCGGCGGCGAGGGGGACGAGGGCGAGGACGAGGACGAGGAGGCGGAGGUGUUUGGAGACGAGGAGGAGGGCAGGGCCGACGCGGAGGCGCGGGGCGCGGGGAAGAAGCGGAGGAGGAAGGCGGCGGCGGCGGCGAGGACGGCGGCCGCGGCGGGAGGGGGAGGGAUCGAGAUUGGCGAGGUGGAGGCGGUGCUGCGGGAGUUCAUGCGGCGGCAGAUGGAGAUGGAGGAGCGGUGGAUGGAGGCCGCGGAGGCGCGCGACGCCGAGCGCCGGGCGCGCGAGGAGGAGUGGCGCGCCGCCAUGGUCGCGCUCGGCGAGGAGCGGCUCGCGCUCGUGCGCCGCUGGCGGGAGCGCGAGGACGCCUGGAGGGCGCGCGCCGAGGAGCGUGAGGAGCGCCGGCACCAGCUCGUCGCCGCCCUGCUUGCCAAGCUCGGCGGCGACACCUCGUCCUAGCUAAUCCAUUCCGCCAGCCUUCCUUCCAUGCCAUGCACACACCAUGCCCUGGACGAUGAUCCAUCGAUAUCCAUCCAUCCAUCCAUCCAUCCAUCCAUCGCCGCAAAGCGCGCGCCGGGCGGCCGGAUAAGCACUUUUUAGGCCAGUUGUAGCAGCGACGGAUCAAAAACAUGAUCGACAUAUCUUGCAUGCCUAGCUAUUGCCUUUGUUAGGGUUUCUUUAGACAGCGAGAGGUCAGGAAAGGCGGCGCGUUGGUGUGCGUUGUGUUCCAAAAGGGUUUUGCAAACAUCAUAUCUCCCUUUGUUGUUAGCCCAGCUAGCCCAUGACCUGCAACUGUAAACUCACUCACUCACUCACUCACUGGUCUUAUCAGCUUCAGAAGCUAGCUUUCCAAGUGCAUGCAUGACUUUGCAUGAUCGAUUAAGCUCAUCCAUCGAUGUUGCUAUAGCUUCUUCUUCUCCAGUUUUCCUCCUUCUCCUCAUCAUUCCACAAGGACCGUGGACGGUCAUGGUCGCCGCAGGCAGAAUCUCUGCACGACGUGGGUCUGCUUGCAUACAUGCAUUAUUGCCUUUUUUUUUCAGAUAUAUCUCUGCAGGGUGCAUGUGUAGCUUUUGCGCAACAUGGUCUAUAUAUCUAUCUACAUCUUCCCUUCUUUUUCAGUUGCAUGCCCUAAAGAGAUUUGCAUCUGAAAAGUUUUCUAGUGAGAGGAAAGAAAGGAGGCGCAGCUAGCAGGAGCAGGGCAUGAUGGGGGGCGCAGUCAAGUGCACCUGCUUUGAUUUUGCUUUGAUUUGCUUUGCUUAUCGUGUAGGAAGGGUAUCGAUGCCCUGCUUGUAUAUAUGUUUGCCUCACGCGAGACACAUGUGUGCAGACGCCAGAAUCCACUGGAAGAACCUUGACUGCAUCAUGUGUUCAUGCAUACUAGUUAGAUGGUGCUUGUUUGACGAUACUAAUUAUUGAUUUGAUUAGAAGUGGACUUUCCCUAAUGACGAUGUAGAUGAAGGUAUGGCAAGUAUGAAA